AUGGCUUCUCUCCAAGGUCUCCAGAAGAUCAAAGUUAUCCGAAAUAAGAACUACAAGAAGUCCGGAACCAAGUCCUAUGUCUACCUGCUCAACAAAUGGGGGUUUGAGCCCACCAAGCCAGGCCCAUACUUCCAGAUGCAAAAGACCUCGGAAACUCAGAAAUCUUUUCACAAGUUCGGCGUCAAGACCCAGUCUCAUCGCGUCUUAGCCAAGAAGUCUGGAAGUGGUGGAAGCACUGAUGUCGGUACCACGCAAGCUGGAGAAAUCGGGGCCGAGGACCAGCAAAAUGACUCCAUGUAUCUUGCUCCUAUCCAAAUUGGCACGCCUCCGCAAACCCUCAACCUUGACUUUGACACAGGAUCUGCUGAUCUCUGGGUAUGGUCUACAGAGCUUCCGUCUAGUAUCACGCAGCAGAGCAGUGGACAUGCUAUCUUCGAUCCAAAGAAGUCAUCCACAUUCAAGGCUGCCAACGGCUCUACCUGGGAGAUCUCGUAUGGUGAUAACUCCUCGGCAUCUGGAACCGUUGGAACCGACAAUGUGACUAUCGGCGGACUCACAAUUAAGGAUCAAGCUAUCGAGCUUGCUAGUAAGAUGUCUCAACAGUUCACUCAAAGUACUGGGGACGGGCUUCUUGGCCUCGCAUUUGGAACAAUCAACACCGUCAAACCGAAGCCAGUUGCCACCCCAGUGGAGAACAUGAUAACCGAAGAACAAAUCCCACAGAGUGCCGAGCUCUUCACAGCCUAUCUCGGUAGCUGGCGUGAUGCCGAUGAGGCUGACAAGGGUGAAAGCUUCUACACUUUUGGAUUCAUCGACCAAGACACUGUCAAGGCAUCCGGCCAGGAGGUUGCAUGGACUCCUAUCGAUAACUCCCAGGGCUUCUGGAAAUUCGCCUCCGAAUCUGCAGUCGUCAAUGGCCAGACUAUCAAACUGUCUGGGAAUACUGCCAUUGCUGACACCGGAACCACCCUCGCACUAGUCUCUGAUGAAUUCUGUGAUGCCAUCUAUAAGGCUAUCCCUGGCGCUAAAUACGACAAUAAUCAACAGGGUUAUGUUUUCCCCACGAAUACCACUGCCGACAAACUUCCCGUCAUCACUGUUGCUGUUGGUGACAAACAGUUUGUUAUUCAGAAGGAAGAUCUGGGGUUUGCUGAUGCCGGUAACGGUAUGGUCUAUGGCGGUAUCCAGUCCAGAGGUAGCAUGGCCUUUGAUAUCCUUGGUGAUACUUUCCUCAAGGCAGUCUAUGCUAUUUUCGAUCAGGGCAAUAAACGCUUCGGUGCCGUUCAGAGAGUAGAAAAGGAACAGAAUGUCUCAGCUCCUCCCUAA